AUGGAGAAACCAGAGCCCGCUGGAGGGCCUGACGGAGCUGUCCGUCCAGGCACGAAUUCGAGUAGUCGCUCGGCCAGUCUGUCGUCGUCGUCGAAUACUGACGAAAUUCGCAGCCAGUCUGACGCGGAAGCGGAAGCCACCGUGCCCGGCCACGAGCUGGACGUAGAGCUGGGCGAGAUCCGCGGCACCAGCGAACUAGAAAAAAUCGGAACGCGCGAGAGCGCACGCAGCAAAAUCUCGCGCAUCCUCAGCGCCGCCAGCGGGCGAAGCAAAGGUGGACUGCGCCAGGAGCCGAUUCCGAUCACCGAUCUCGACGCCGGCAUUGUCGGCUGGGAAUCGCAGGAUGACCCUGCGUAUCCUAUGAAUUUUCCGGCGUGGAAGAAGUGGCUGUUGCUCGGUCUGGUCUCGCUGGUCACCCUGACCACCCCGUUCGCGUCGUCCAUCCUGUCGCCGGCGAUUGGUAGCGUCGGCAAGGAGUUCCACAAUACGAGUGAGACGGUUGGCGCGCUGACGGUCAGUAUCUACCUCGUGGGGUAUGUGAUCGGGCCGUUGUUCAUGGCGCCGUUGUCGGAGAUCUACGGGCGUCGCCUCGUUUUGGCGUCAGCCAAUGUGUUCUUCUGUGUAUGGCAGAUUGGAUGCGCGCUGGCGCCGAAUAUGGCGGCACUGAUUGUGUUUCGGCUGCUCUGUGGAAUUGGGGGUGCGGGCUGUCUGACGCUGGGCGGCGGAGUCAUCGCCGAUUUAUUUCGGACUGAUCAGCGUGGUUUCGCCAUGGGUUUCUGGACGUUGGGUCCGUUGUUCGGCCCUGUUAUUGGACCGCUCAUUGGAGGCUUUGUUGUCGAGACCAUCGGCUGGCGAUGGGACUUCUGGAUCGUGCUCAUCCUCGGGGGUGUCAUCGUCGUGACGCUGGAGAUCUUCAACCGCGAGACGAACCACCGCAUCCUCAUCAAGAGAAAAGUCGCUCGACUGCGCAAGGAACUCGGACGAGACGACCUACGGAGUUGCUACGAAAACGGCGAAGCCCCUACCAAGCUCCAAAUCCUCGUCCACGGUCUCGUGCGCCCCAUGAAGCUCCUCGUCUUGUCCCCUCUAGUCUUCUUCCUCUCGCUGUACGUCGCCUUCGUCUACGGCGUGCUCUACCUGCUCUUCACCACCAUCCCGACCCUCUUCGAGGACGUCUACGGCUUCAACGUCGGGCUCACCGGCCUCGUCUACCUCGCCUUGGGUCUGGGCAACUUCACCGGCUGGUUGGUGAUCACGCUGUACUCAGACAAGUCCGUCGUGCAACUGGCCAAAUCCAACGGCGGCAAAUUCCUGCCGGAAAUGCGUCUCGCCACCAGCAUCUUCUUCGGCUUCUUCCUCCCCAUCACGUUUUUCUGGUACGGCUGGUGCGCGUACUACAAGGCGCACUGGAUCGCGACAAUUCUGUCGCUCAUUCCGUUCGGAUUCGGUAUCAUGGGUAUCUUCCUGCCGAUCAUGACAUACUUGGUUGACUGCUAUCCGAUCUAUGCUGCGUCGGCCAUUGCAGCAAACACGGUUUUGAGGAGUCUCGUCGGGGCGUUUUUGCCGCUCGCUGGGCCGGCGAUGUACCAGUCGCUCGGGUUGGGAUGGGGUAAUUCGCUGCUGGGAUUCAUCUGCGUGGGAAUGAUCCCGCUGCCCAUUAUCUUUUAUAAGUUUGGUGGGAAGCUGCGGGCGUCGCAGAACUUCACGCUGUAA